GUCGGUGUCACGCAUGCUCCUUGCUUUCUUGAAUCGAAAAAUGGCGGAAAAUUUCUGCCGAACAGAAACAUGAUGUCAACAUCACCUUUUUAAACUAAAGAACGCGACGUAAAUAAGCAAGAAUAAUGGACUCGGUGAUAGAGCAUGACCCUACGCUGCCUCUAGAUCUAGAGAAAAGCACAACUCUUGCAAGAUUCAAGGAAGCUAUGGCUUCAGGCGGUCUCGAUCCCGAGAUGUUAGAUUCCACCACUUUGGAUAGUGCCGAUGGGGCAGCUUCGAGUUUACCAGAGGGUAAAAAUGGCCCUGUUUCACCCAAAAACAAGACAAUGAAGGACUACGAAUUUCAAAUCUCUGAACUGAAGAAAGAGAACUUUGGAUUGAAGUUGAGAAUCUACUUCUUGGAGGAGAGGCUUGCCAAUGAUGAUACUCCUGACGACUUGUUUAAAGCUAACAUUGAACUGAAAGUGACUGUGGAAAAACAGAAGAAAGAGUUGGUUGAGAAGCAAGAGCUUUUGGUUAAAGCCUCGAAUGCAGUUGAGAUGAUUGCGAACCAUAGUGAAGAGCAAAUCAAACAGAUGCGAGAGGAGCACAAUGAGGAACUACAAGAGAUCAGGGAGGGAUAUGAAAACAAGGUUAAGGAAAUUGAAAAGGAGAUGGCUGAAGCCAAGCAGGAUGUUGAGGAUCUUGCUGAGAGACUGACAGAGGCUGUUAACAUGAAUCAGCAGUUGAAUGAGAAGUUGCUGGAAUCUACCGGAGGCUUCCAGGAUGAUCAACAACAGCUUCAGAUUUAUACCAAGGAAACAUUGAAUGAAAAAGACAAGAUGAUAGACGAUCUUAAUGAUGCCUUUGAGGUUCAGAAACAGCAGAACGAGGAGUUGCAAGAAAGAGCAGAUCGACUCGAGAAAGAAAAACAGAAAGCCCAAGACGACUUGCGCAAACUCGUUGAAGGAGAAAAGAAGAUGAAAAAAAUGCUUGAUGAGAUGAACAAAAGAAGCAAAGCAUUCGAGGACGUCAAGGAGAAAGCUCGAAAAUUGGAAAAGCUUAACAGGGAUUUGCGAAACAAGCUUCACGAGAAGGAACGGGAGCAGCACACGUCACAGAGCCCCGUCAAAGCUGAGAUGCUGGCUAAAACCAAGAUCGAGGACCUUGAGCACAGCCUAGCGGCAGCGCGGGAGUCUGCGCACACUGCAAAGAUGAAGUGGUACCAGACAUUCGAAGAGCACGCCGAAGUAAUCAGAUUGCGUGAUGCAAGUAUCGCCUCACUCCAGAACACACUUGGCACCAAAGACGCCGAGCUACAGAAAUUAAUGCAACUGGUAUCCAGCAAGGAUUUGGAGCUGCAAAGGCUGAUGGGUAGCAAACAGCUUCUGGAAAAUAGAUUGGACGAUAACAUCAGGGGAAAAAAUAAGGAGCUAGCUGAGCUGGCAAAUAAACUCAAGGCUUUGUCACAUGAAUAUAGCGAGAAGGUUGACAGUCUGGAGGAGCACUACCGGCAAGUAGUUUCAGGCGCUCAAGAACAGGUCAGCAAUAAGGACAAGAUCAUCGAAAAGCUGGCAGCAAGUAAUACAGAAAAAGACCGCAUUAUCGAGGAUUUUGCGAUUGCGCUCAAAGAUAUAUCUGCUGACACUAGUACCGCAGACGCGUCAGUUGAUGUGAGGGAUGAGCUCAUGAAGAAGCUGCAAAACCACAUGCGACAGAAAGAUCGAGCGGUAGAGAGCGCCAUCAGUGACAAGUUCCGAUGCCUUGAGGAGAAAGACGCAGAGUUGCAGCAGUUGCGACAGGCACUUAGGGAGCGCGACCGCCUCAUCGAGAAGAUCAACUCAGCCGUCAUGAGCGCAGAGGAGCAACUGAAGCUUCUACAGACCGCAUGCGAUGAGAAGGAACAGGUCAUCCAAGCUCUCAAGACAACGAACAUUGAGCAGGAAAAUGCCCACAAGAAUGUUUUCAACAACGCGACACAGGGUCUGCAUGAGAAGGAGGCAAUGCUUCAGAACCUCACGAGGACAUUAGAGAACAGGGAGAGGGAACUUGCGGACUUGAAAGAGUUCGUCAAAGAACUAACACACAACACAACGCAGCCUGACCCAGAACAGAGCAUUCGCAGUAAGGGAUUUGAAGAAGAACUGAAGGCGAAGCAAAAACUUAUCGAGGAGCUGCUUUCAGAACGAACGCGCAUGUCGUCUGCACACGAAGCCAACAAUCAGCGGCUGAUGGAUGCCCUACAAGACAAGGACAACCAAAUAAAGGACACCGCCGAAAACCUACUUCGCGUGCAGGCUGAGAAGAACGCCACAAUACAACGACUACAGCAACUACUGAACAGCAGAGAUCACGAAAUUCAGUCGCUUGAGAAUAGCAAGGCUUGGGCAACGCAGGAACAUGACAUGAUGACCAACAAGCUGCGACAAGCCCUGGAUGACAAAGACAAAGCCAUACAGGACCUGGUUCAGAGCAGUCGCGAAAAGGAUGAGAUGCUGAUGAAAUUACAGGACUCCUUCCGAACUCCCAAAAAGGCUCCAAAUACCCCGGAAGUGAAUAAAAUGCGCCGAACAAUUGCCGAUCUCGAGGAAAGUCUCAAAAGGAAAAGUGAGUCCCUCCGAAAGCUUGAAGAGGAAUAUCAAGCCAACAUGAAGAACUCUCAGAAUGAAGUUGAGAACAUGGAGAGCAAAAUGAAGAUCGAAAAUCUCGAGCAUGAGUUACAAACCAAGGAUGCAUUACUCAAGCAGACACAGGUAACUGUCCGAAAUCUUCGCGCAAAGACGGAAAAUCUGCCGAUCAUUGAGGACCUCAAGCAGAAGUUUUCUGAGCAGUCGCAGGCGUACCUUGCCGCUCAGAAGGCCAAAGAGCAGGCUAUGCGUGAGCUGGCGUCAGUGCAGCGCCAGAAACUUGAGUCUGAAGCAGAGCUGAAGGCCAAGCACGACAACAUCGAGCUCCUGACACAGGCAGCCCAAGUCAAGGACGGGGUCAUUAGGGAGAUGCAGGACAGCCAAAAACGGCAGUUACACGAGAUGCAGGAGAAUAUUGGGUACUACCAGAAGAAGGCCUACGACCACGAGAUGGCAAAUGAUGCAUUGCGGCAACAACUAUCGGAGAGCACGGAGCUCAACAACUCACUGCAGAGACAAUUAGAGACGCUACGCAACAACUUUAUCAACAGGUCACCUUCCAGACACGACUUGGAAGAGCUGGCCCGACUGCGAGAGGAAGUAACAUCACUGCGCACAGAGCUCCAUAGACCCACCACGCCUCACAGGGAAACUUCGGGAGUGGGGACGGGACGAGACGAACAGGGCUUGCAUCAGCUGCAGAGGGCUCUAGCGGACCAAGUGUCUGAGACAGCAAAACUGAACGAGAUCUUGAGACGUGAACGAGAGAUGUACAUCAACGUUGUACAACACAUGCGCAACGCGCCCUCAGACCCCAACCACAGUAUAACUGUCACGAGGGAACUCCAGACGCUUAAAGCCCUGCGCACGCAGCUUGAGGAGGGAAUCCGCCAGAUCAACGUACUGCGGGCUCAACUUCAGUCCCAGUGCAACAGUCCUGCGUCCGGACGUCAGUCUACCAGUCCCCACGCGGUCUCUCCCUAUGAUGCGGUUUAUCAGCGUGAGAUUCAAGAGCUCAAGUCAAAAUUGGAAGAUAGCGAACGAUGGAACACUUCGUUACAGGCACGUCUUAAUGAGCUUCAGCCGCGCGUCAGUGGUGUCGGAGGCUCACAGGACGUUAUUGACCGUGGCAGAGAAGUACUGGUAUCGCCUGAAGCUGUCAAAAAUCUAAAUCAGCAACUCAGCAAAUUGACGAGCCAGCUCCAGCAAAGCACUCAGCUCAAUCAGCGGUUAAAGAACGAUCUAGAGAGCAUGCGCAGUACGACUUCCAACAAGAAUGCGGAGCAGGAAUCUGUGAUCCAGAACCAAGCCAUGCAGAUCACCAACUUACAGGAGCAACUAAACAGGACCAAGCAGACCUUCACCGAGCUGGAGAGCCGGCUUACCGACGCCGACAGCAAGCUAGAGUACUACGCCAGGAAUGUGAACGUGGAUUUCGAGGAGUUGCUGAUGGAGCGAGAGCAAGAGGUGGACUCCCUGCGUACCAAGUUGAACGAGCUGAAAUUGAGGGAAGAAAGCGUGGGGCCGAACUACAGCAGAAGUGAUAUGGCAAUACAGACCACACCUGGUAGAGACUGGGGCCAAGGGUCGGUCGAAACGCAACGUCAAGCUGAAGAGAACCUUCGUCAGGAGCUGGACGAGACCAAGCGCUGGAGCGAGCAGUGCAAGAAACUCCUGGACGAGAAAGUCCAGGAAAUACAACAACUCAAACAAAAGAACGCAGUGUCUCGUCGUGCUGAGUCACCGGAGAAAACUAAAGAGAAAGCGGAGCUGCAGCGUCUACGAAACGAAUACGAGAAAGGAAUACGCACCAACGAGGAGCUAAAGCGCCAACUCGAGGGGGAGCUCGACUCGAUUAGCACACGGGAGAAGGCGAUGACCACUGACGCACGACACAUGACUGAGCUGAGGGAAAAACUGGACGAGUCACUACGAGUUAAUGACUCGUUACAGGACAAGCUGCGUGACUCGCUGCACUCGGAGCGGGACGUGGAGCACGUGAGACGCGAGCUUAGCAGUGCCAACAAGACCAACGAAUCCCUAGCGCUUCAGAUCCAAGACCUUCACCAGUCCAUUCAGCGGUUUGGCUCCAUCAGUGACGAAGCAGAGCGUCUGCGAUCCGACCUGCGGGAUGCGCAUGCGCUGAACGAGAACCUGAGCCAGCAGUUACAGGAGACGCGCCGGUCAGCGGAGGAAGCUGGUCACGUGAAUAAGGAGCUACGACAGGCGAAACUGAUGAACGAGCAGCUUGGGAAGCAGCUAGCGGAACUAUUGAACCAUUUGAGCAAGUUCAAGGUUGAAAACGAGAGGCUACGGAGUGAGCUGGAUCAGAAAAUAAAAUCCAUCGAAGGGCUUGAGGAGCGACUAUCCUGUCAGCCCCCCACACAGUCCCGAGGUGUGUCCCCCCUUGCCCCUCUGUCAAUCAUCACAAGCUCAACCCCUCACCUCGACUUUGCCGCCACUCAGACGAGCCCAGGCUUAGGUUUGGCAAGUCCCCACUCGGUCACGCGCCUCAGCUCCCCACGGUCUGUCUCGUCACAGGAAUCCCCUGUGAUGGAGAAGAUGCACAAACUGAACAAGACGCUGAUGUCUGAGAAUCAGUUUCUGCGGAAUAAACUGAAACAAAAUGAGCGCUUCAAUAUCACACUCAAGGAAGAACUAGAUAUGUACCAUCGAAUGAGACGAGACUCCAUCCACUCGCAGACAAGUUCUAGUCCUACUCGAUCCACAAACACGACAGGGAGCUCAAAUGAUCAGCUUUUGACUACGUACAUGAGUGAAAUGCGGGCACUGCGCCUGCGCCUGGAGGAGAGUAUCCGCACAAACGAUGCACUGAAGGCUCAACUUCAGCGACGCAUAAGCGAGGAGGGAAGGGAUGGGCAUGAUCAGGUGGCUAUGUUUGAGUCAGAUAAGGUGUUGCUGUAUGUUCGCGAGAAUGACACGUUACGGGCUGAGCUGCUUGAAAAAGAUCGGAUGAAUGAGCGGCUGAAGAAAGAAAUGGAGGAAUUGAAGAAACAGAAGGAACUAGCCUCGAGUCAGAUUCACAUCCUGCAAACACAAGUGGACGAGAGCGGCAGAGCGCUGACGAGCAUGCGCCAAGAGCUGAGUGUCUACGAGCGCCUUCACAAGAUAUCGGGGGGACGUGCGCAGACCAACGGUACGAGCUAUGUCCGGGAAGGGCCACGCAGUCCGGACGGUAGCGAGUCGGACAACAGCGCCUUGGCCAUGUUGCUGGCUGAAGUCCGCAGUUUACGCGUGCAACUCGAGAAAAGUAUACAGACCAACAAUGCAUUGCGGCUCAAGUUGGAAGAACAGCUAAAUCGACCAAUCAGCCACUCGCCCCAGUCUUCUAGAAGCUCGCCUCAGUCUUCUAGGAACUCGCCUUCCGCUAUUGCGCGCAAGCUAGACUUCGAGAGAGAUGGCCUCGAUGAUCGAUCUGGCUCGCCUGUGGCUGGCCAUCUUGCUGCACACGUGGACAGAGAACACUUUAUCGAACUCGAGGCAAAGAUCGGGUGCAUCUGCAACGAGACAACGAAAGUGUACGCCAACAUUCACAAAGGCAGCCAGCUGUUAGUGGAGGCCUCGGUACAAAACAUCCAGACAUGGGCCACAGACUGUCGGCGAGUGCUGGAUAAGUUUGUGCUCGACGAUAACGUUCGGGGUCCCCACGGGAACUCUGCCGUCACCACCGAGAAUAUGAGUCUACGCAUGGAGAUCGCUAAGUUGAAGAAGAAACUGCUGUCCCAAGAGGAUAUCAUCAAACAAGCAUGUGCGCGACUCGAGGACGGGAACCGGUUGAAGGAGGGCAUACAGACCAAAAUCAUCGGGCAACUAUCAGAAACACAAGCAACUCUGCAGAAAGCGAGGGGAACAUUACAGGAUCGAUAUCGAGGGCGAACAACAAGAUGACCUUUGCCCCUUCCGUCCCUGCCAGUCCUAGUCACGGGGAUCUACUGGUGUCACGCAAGUGUAUCACUAGCUUAAUCAGUAGCCCCUGCUAAGCUGCCUCACGCAGAAUGUAACGCAACAAGAUGCUUGACGUCGUUUACUUGGGAAUUACGCUAGAAACGUAAAUGUAACGCUUUUGCCAAGCUGCGUCACGCAGAUGCGAUGUCCCUACUGAAGACAAACUAGUCGUUAUGAUAUCUUCCCGGGAGUCACGCUGUAAGAAAAGAUGUAAUGCAUCAUAAAGCAAGAGUUACGCUACGGAAAGCAAGAUUAACGCUACGGAAAGCAAGAGUAACGCUACGGAAAGAAAGAGUAAGGCUACAGAAAGCUAGAGUAACGCUACCGAAAGCAAGAAUAACGUUCGCUACGGAACAUUCUAGUCAGUUUUAAAGAAUACUGUGUGGCUUUUACAACUUAGGUUAAUUUUACGUUCUAUCCCACGUUGUAUUUUUAUCAAAGAUAACUUGCACAUAAGCAAUGAUAUUUUAUAAAAGUAUUAUAUAAUGUAAAGAAUUUUUUAUUUUAAAAUAUGAAAGAAAAAUGA